GUUGCUAUUCUGUAUUAGUUGUACUUUGUCUUGAUGUUGGUUGAGAUAGAAUAGCGAGUAAAGAUAGUCGAUAUAUGGGCAUUAUGCUGAGUGUUUGGUCCUUGUACGAUGAGGUGAUUCGGAAAAGGAUGAGCAGAAGAAACUUGCUCAAGCGUGAUUAUGUCUGCUUCGUUAUAUGUUGGUGAGAGUAUGUACUGGGUUUCUGGUAUUGCUGGUUACAGAAUUAAGCUGGAGUAGUGGCAUUUUCUACAUUUAGUAUCAUUUGAAGCGAAACGCUGACCCCUGAUCACAAAACCUCGCCAGUUUCUCCGCCAGGCAGCAGACGUCUCUCCAUCAUACGCAUCCAUCUUUAUGAUAUCAGCUCAUGUGAAUGACAGUUGAGGCUUAAGAGAAGCUCGCCGUCGGACAUAGCAUGCCCAACGUUGAUGUCGUGAAGCCUUCGGGGCUGGAGGAGCUCAACGACGAUGUUUUGGGAUUGAUCCUAGCGGAGAUCUAUCGCGAAGAUCGUCCCUCGAUCCGCCUCAUCUCCCGUGUCUCAAAACGGCUGUACAGGGUAUCGCUCCCAUGGCAAUACCGGAACGUCUGCGUCACGCUCAAAUCUCCCCAGAGCAUUACCUCUAUGAGACGACAUUUAGCGAGCGAAUCGGAGCUACCUUCAUUUAUUCGUGAACUGAGAAUUGAGGGACAUCAUGAGGAUAAUCGCCUGCAAGAAUUUGUCCUCAAAUUGAUAUCACGAAUAUCCCGGUUGGAGAAUUUCUCGUGGGAUGAGUAUGCCGGCGAUACACCAACCGCUAUCCUAGAAUCUGUAAUAGCGAAAUGGCCCAAUAUUCGCCUCACCAUCGAUUCUGAACUGGGUUCCAUUUAG